UCUAAUCUGAAGCAUCGAUUUCUCACUCGACGGCCAGGAUUGCUGAUCUCCACCACCCUUCGGAAAUCACUACUCGCCAAUCGCCACCGGAUCGAACCCAUACCGGCUUCUUCCAUCCGCCGCCGCCGCCGCCGCCGGCCCCGAAACCCCAAACCCCCAACCCGCCGCGGCCCCGCCCGAGAUGGCUGCGUACCUGAGCAUGGGCGAGGCGCACCGCCGCAUCGCCGACUACCUCGCCCGCGUCGUCGACGCCAUCUCCUCGUCUGACGGCGCCGCGCUCGCCUCCCUCCUCGCCAUCUCCUCCGCGCCCGCCUCCACCCCGCUCUCCGACGCCCUCGCCGCCUUCCCGGACUUCCCUCGCCUCGCCGCAGACCGCUUCCCGAACCUCUCCGACCUCCUCGUCCCGCUGCUUCGUACCAUCCACUCCCACUCCCGCCAGCGCUACGCCGACGCCUACUCCUCGUUCGAGAAGGCCGCCAACGCGUUCCUGCAGGAGUUCCGGAACUGGGAGACGCCGUGGGCGAUGGAGGCGAUGCACACGGUGGCGCUCGAGAUCAGGCUACUCGCCGAGAAGGCAGAUAGGGAGCUUGCGACGAGUGGAAAGAACCCCGACAAGCUUCAGGCAUCUGGGUCCUUCCUGAUGAAGGUUUUCGGUGCAUUAGCGGUAAAAGGACCUAAGCGUAUCGGAGCACUCUAUGUAACUUGUCAGCUAUUCAAAAUCUACUUCAGGCUUGGAACAGUUAACCUCUGUCGUAGUGUUAUAAGAAGUAUCGAAACUGCCAGGAAUUUUGAUUUCGAAGAUUUUCCAGUGAAAGAUAAGGUCACUUAUAUGUAUUAUACUGGGCGCUUGGAGGUGUUCAAUGAGAAUUUUCUUGUCGCAGAUCAGAAGCUAACUUAUGCUUUGAUGCAUUGCAAUUCUCAAAGCGAGUCAAAUUUGAGGAGAAUUUUGAAGUUUCUUAUUCCAGUAAAGCUUUCAAUAGGAGUAUUGCCAGAAAGGAUCCUCCUGGAGAAGUACAAUCUGCUUGAGUAUGCAGAUGUUGUGACCUCACUCAAGAGAGGAGAUCUCAGGCUUCUCAGGCAAGCCCUAGACAGGCAUGAAGACCAAUUUUUGAAAUCUGGCGUCUACCUCGUAUUGGAGAAACUCGAACUUCAGGUCUAUCAGAGAUUGGUUAAGAAAAUCCAUAUCAUUCAGAGGCAGAAGGAACCAGCCAAGGCACAUCAAAUUAAGCUAGACGUCGUAGUAAAAACUCUCAAAUGGCUUGAAAUCGACAUGGAUGUGGAUGAGGUGGAGUGUAUCAUGGCAUGCCUCAUAUACAAGAAUCUUAUAAAAGGUUACUUUGCUCACAAAAGCAAAGUUCUUGUCCUCAGCAAACAAGAUCCCUUUCCCAAGUUGAAUGGGAAACCCGUUUAGCUACAGAAUCAUAACAGACAAUCUUGUAGUCCAUUGAACUUUCUCAUAGUUUUGAUGUGUUGGACACAGAAGUUCCUUGUUUUUGUAGUUACUGGAACGCUUUCCUGACAAGGACACUUGUAUUUAAGCACUCUUGGAAGUAUCUUGUAUCAAUGUAUCAUUAUUGGCCUUCA